AGGAGGAAGAGGAGGAGGAGGAGGAGGCAGCAGGAGGGCCCGCCAGGGCCAUGGGGACAGCAGACAGGGCCCCCGGCACCCAGGCCCUGCGGCAGGCCCGAGCAGCCCCCAAGAGUGAGCCCGAGGCCUCCGGCAGGGAGCGGCAGCUGGAGCACACCGGGGCUGGAGACCCCAGGCCAGCCUCCUCCACGGUGGGCGCAGCCGCCUGGAACCACCUUCUCGACUUGUACAAGCAGCUGCAGAAGUCGGCCAUGGCCAAGUUCCUGCAGGAAAGCCUGGCCGGGAAGGAGAAAGAGGAGGAGGGGGAAGAGAAGAAAGACGAGGCAGGCGCGGCCGAGCUCUCCGCCCCGGGAGCCAGCAGCUUCCAGUCACAGCCGCAAGCGAGUUUUCGGUCGACGGAGCCGGCGGGUUUCAUGACAUCGGAGCUAAAGAAGCUUCUGGAAGCUCAAGGGAAGUCCGGCCUCUGGGAGACAGCCAGCCAGGAGGGCGAGGAGCAGCUGGCCUGGCCGGAGAGCUGCCUGGCGGGGCCGUCAGAGAUGGCUGCCAGGGAGGGGCGCUGCCCCCCGGUCUUCCAGGGGCGCUGGCGGGCGCGAGAGCAGGGGCCGCGGAGGGCACCGAGGUACCUUUCCCCACUGGAGGGGCCCCACGGCUACCCGGCAGGGGCGCUGGGCACAGAGCCCGUGCUCCCGGAGGAGAUGGAAGAGCAGGGGCCCUGGGCCGCCAAGUGAGGCGGAGAGCUCGGAGCCACCCGGGGGCGCUCUCCCGGCACCCCAGGGACCCCGUGUCUGCAGACUCGGUG